AUGCUUGACUUUCCGAAAUACACAAAUAACUUUCAAAAAUCAUUCGUUUCUAAAGAAACAUAUGGAAGUCCUUGGAUAAAGAUUUUACAAAAAUAUGUUAUUAUUGCAAAACCUAAUAAUUCUCAACAAAAUACAUAUUUAUGGUCUUCUAGAUUUGAGGAAUUUGUAAAAGACACACAACCAGAUGCAGUAGAUUUACUCAUUCUUUAUGAUAAAAAGGUUAUUGCAAUGUUAUUGUGUGAAUCUAUUGUAGUCAUAAAGACAAGAGACAAAAAGGAAUAUAAAGCAAAUUCAUUAUACAAUGAAAUAUGUAUCAUAAACCGAUUUUAUCAAGAAAUAGUAAUAGUAAUAGAGAAUUAUUUACGUGAUAUAUUGCAUACCAGAAUGAUAGUAAUAGAAUUGGAAGAAAUUAAUAAUGGUGAUUAUGAUGGGGCUGAUCCUCUUGCCGAUGAAAAAAUGGCACGAUUUUUUGAACAUCCGAUAUUAAUAUAUCACAUAGAAUACCAGAUGGAUUAUUGCAGUCUAUCAGUUUAUCAUAAUUUUCCUUCCAUGACUAUAUCGUCAUUAUCAUUGUCCGUUAGUAUUAAGAAUGAUAUAUAUCUGAUGAUGUUAGUUGGCUGA